AAAAGUGAUAUGUGAAAUAUAUAAUGGAAAAUACCAAGACAAUAUAAAAAGUCAAAAUAGUAAUACCUUUUUAAAAAAGAAAUUAAGAAUUUUAUUUCAUACAUUUUUAGAUAAGAAAGUGAAAAAUUACCUGAACAGUUCAGAAAAAAAAAUGGUUUUGCAAGGAUAUAGAAAAUAUGAAAUUAUAGGGAACAUUUUGAUAUUUCAUUAUAAAUAUUUUGAAUGUAUAAUGAAAUUAUAUAAGGUAUAUGAGGGUAAAUUAAAAAAAUAUAAGAAGGAAAUAAAUGAAAUGAUAGAAAGAAGGAGGUCAUAUAGGGAUUAUUCAUAUAUUAUUAAAAAUAAGAAGAAAAAUAAUAAAUUGGUAUCUUGUUUUUUAAUGAAUGAUAUAUAUGAAUAUAAAUAUUACGUUAAGGAAGUAAAGAAAUUUUGGUUAGCUAUUAAGGAUAUAUUUAAUAAUAAAGAGAUUAUCCUUAACACGAAUAUAUUAUCCUUAAAAAAAAAAAGGAAAGAAAAGAAGAAGAAGAAAAAGAAAAAAUUUUAUGUUAAA